AUGGCGGACACGGAGACAGGGUCGUCGAGGCCGAAGCAAUGGGUCUUCAAUGCCUUUACGAUGAACACGCCUGGACAUUUGGCCCCAGGCUUAUGGAGGCAUCCAAGGAAUCGGACGUCUCAGCAUAACGAUAUCGAGUACUGGACGGACUUUGCAAAGACCCUGGAGGCUGGGAAGUUUCAUGGCCUUUUCAUUGCCGACGUGCUUGGUCAAUAUGACGUGUACAAAGGACCGGGCAAUGGCGAACCUGGACUUCCUGGAGCUGCUCAGUUUCCCAUCUCUGACCCCUUUAUGCCCAUUUCAGCCAUGGCAGCCGUGACCAAGCAUCUGACAUUCGGGGUGACCGCGUCGACCACCUAUGAAGCUCCUUAUCUUCUGGCCAGACGGUUUGCAACGCUAGACCAUCUGACCAAAGGCCGCAUUGCGUGGAACGUGGUCACCAGCCAUCUGCAAGCGGCAGCGGAGAAUCUCGGCCUCAUAGACCAAAUCCCCCAUGAUGAACGCUACCAGAUGGCCGACGAGUACAUGACCGUCGCGUACAAGCUCUGGGAAUCCACCUGGCGAGACGACGCCGUGGUCAGAGACGUCAACACCAAGCAAUACACCGUCCCAGGUCGUGUACGCAAGAUCCAUCAUGAAGGAAAGUAUUUCAGGUCCGCCGGGCCUCUCGGAGUCAACCCGUCGCCGCAGCGGACGCCGUAUCUGUUUCAAGCCGGGACGAGUUCGGCGGGAAAAGCGUUUGCGACGAAACACGCCGAGUGUAUGUUCCUGCCCGGGAUGACGACGGACUCGGUGCGCAAGUCGGUGCAAGACAUCCGCAAACAGGCGGUCGAGCAAGGCCGCGACCCGUCCACGAUCAAGCUGAUCGUCGGUGUGCUGAUCAUCGUGGACGAGACGGACGAGAAAGCCCAGGCCAAGUACGAAGAGUACUUGACGUACGCGGACAUGGAGGGGUCGAUGACGCUGUUCGGCGGCUGGACGGGGACCGAUCUGUCCAAGUUCGACGACGACGAGGACUUCCAGUUCUCCGGGCCCGGCUCGAUCCAGAGCAUGGUGAGUUCCUGGUCGGCCACCAUCCCCGGCACCAAUGGCGUCAAGUGGACCAAGAAGCGAGUCGCGCAGGAGCUGGCCAUUGGAGGCGCUCAUCCUCGAGCCAUCGGCUCGCCCAAGACCGUCGCCGACAUUCUGCAGCGGUGGGUCGACGAAACGGGCAUCGAUGGCUUCAAUGUCUCGUACGCCGUCAACCCGGGCGACUUUGAAGAUAUCAUCCAAUAUCUCCUGCCUGAGUUGAGAGCCAGAGGUGUCUUCUGGGACGACUAUGCCGCGUCGACGGCGAGGGAGAAUUACCUGCAGGACGGUCGUGGGCCGAGAUUGAGAGAGGACCACCCCGGUUCCGAGUACAAGUGGCCGGCAGAGUGA